CGUCCCGCCAACUCCAGCCCCCCCAUCUCCAGUUGGCCUAGAGGGUCGAGCCGCAUCUUCAUCAUCUCUGUCCACAACUCUAUCGCGACCAUCUGUCUCCUUUGUAAUCUUCUUGAUCUUCUUCCCUCUUCUGCCUUCAGCGGCUGUGGCACGUUGCGCCACGAAACGGGUAGGCAUACCGGCUUGCCUGUGGUUGUGGUGAGCCUGGGCCUGGGAACAUCGUCAAGACACCACCUCAACCUUCGCAACCAUGGCGCCACGUAUAUUCGGUGCCAUCGCUCUCGGCGCCGCGGUAUUGUCGUUGUCAUGUGUUGCAUCCGCUUCCAGAAACCAGUCAUCUAUCGGCGUCAUGCCGGCGCAGUUCUCCCUCUUAGACAACCGCCCAGAGGACUGUCCACCAUGCUUCAACUGCCACCUACCUGCCUACUCCUGCGGCCAAUAUGCCUCGUGUAAUGAAUACAAUGGGAAGUGUAACUGUCCCGAAGGCUUCGGUGGCGACGAUUGCCUGGAACCUCUGUGCGGCUCCCUUGGCCGAGGACAAGACCGCCCAGUGCGAAAGGAACGCACCUGCGACUGCGACGAAGGCUGGGCCGGCAUCAACUGCAACGUCUGUACCAACGACCAAGCCUGCAAUGCCUUGAUGGAAACCGGAGAGGGUGGGGUUUGCUACCAGCGCGGCGAAGUCGUAAAUCACAAUUACCAAAUCUGCGAUGUCACCAACAAGGCCAUCCGGGAACUACUCAAGGAAAAAGUCCCCCAGGUUACCUUCACUUGCAAGAGGGAGGAUAAGAAGUGUGACUUUCAGUUCUGGGUGGAUCAACGCGAGUCUUUUAUGUGCCAUCUCGAAGGCUGCGAUUCUAGUGCCGAGCUCGACGAACACAAGAACAGCACCUCAUACAAGUGCAACAAGAUUGCGUGUGAAUGCAUCCCCGACCGCAUGCUGUGUGGAGAGAAUGGCUCCGUGGAUAUCACCGAUUUUCUGGACGAGAUGAUUCGAGGCCCGGCAACGUUCCGCUGUCUCCAGCUUGAGGGUGGUGUCAAUAAGUGUUAUUUCGAAGAGCCCGAGAUGAACAACCUUAUCCAGAGCAUGUUCGGCGACGACAGCAUCGCCCUCACUUGUCGGUCUGGCGAGUGCCUCCACCAUAGCCAAGUUCCGGGCUACAAGUUGCCAGUCCCCAAGAUCAACACCCCGCUCAUUGCGGGGGUUAUCGCCGGAUGCUCACUAUUCCUCGUCGCCGUCAUUCUUCUGACCUGGUACCUGUCUCGACGGAAGCUGAAGUACGGUCCUAUCCAUCUGGAUGAUUCUGACGACGAAGCCAUCAAACUCAUGACUGAUCACAAGCCCGCGUCGCUGUACUUUGAGAACAUCUCAUAUCACUUGAACGGCAAACAGAUCCUCUCCGACAUCAGGGGCGUAGCUCAUCCAGGCGAGCUCACCGCCAUCAUGGGUGCGUCUGGUGCCGGGAAGACCACCUUCCUGGACAUUCUUGCGCGAAAGAACAAGCGGGGCCAGGCCAACGGAUACUUCUGCGUCAACGGCGAGAAGGUUACUGACUCAGACUUCAAGAGUGUCGUUGGAUUUGUUGAUCAGGAGGACACAAUGCUCCCUACCUUGACCGUCCACGAGACCAUCUUGACCAGCGCACUCCUUCGUCUCCCCCGAGAUAUGGGGCAAGUGGCAAAGGAGCAGCGAGUCUUCGAGGUGGAGAGGCAGUUGGGCAUAUAUCAUAUUCGCGAUUCCCUGAUCGGGUCUGAAGAGGGCAAGGGUCGAGGGAUAUCUGGCGGCGAGAAGAGGAGAGUCAGCAUUGCCUGCGAGCUCGUGACGAGCCCGUCCAUCCUCUUCCUCGACGAACCCACCAGCGGUCUGGAUGCCUACAACGCCUUCAACGUCAUCGAGUGCUUGGUUACCCUCGCCAAGACGUACAAGAGGACCGUCAUCUUCACAAUUCACCAACCCCGCUCCAACAUUGUCGCCUUGUUUGACCGCCUAAUCCUUCUCGCCCAAGGGAAGACGGUCUACUCCGGUCCUUUCUCGCAGUGUCAAGACUAUUUCGACCACGUUGGCUACAGCUGCCCUCCUGGUUUCAACAUCGCGGAUUACCUUGUGGACUUGACCAUGCACGCCGGCUCCACGACUUCUUUCGACGAUGGUACCCUCUCCACGGAUGCCGUUAGUGUCGGGCCCAGUAGUACCAGAGCCGUGAAGUCGAUCGCCAGCGUUUCUGGUGGCAGCAUUGCGGAGGAUAGCGGCGUCGAAGCGUCGUCUUCGAGGCCCCGUGUCCCACGACGCGAUUCAGUCAGGAUCAAGCAGGAAAGAGAAUUGUUCACCAGACGGAGGCAAGCAGUCGAUACGGCCGCCUCCUCAGAUGCGGGCGGGGACGAGCUCGGUGCCUACAAGCUGCAGAAACAGAGCCUCGGCCAUGCCCCACCGCAGCCGAUUGACGAAACUCACGAUCUCCCGCCGGCAGCGACUUUCGGCACAAACCUUGAUGCCUUGGUUGACGCCUAUAACAACUCUAGAAUUUCUAGAAACAUCCAUGACGAAAUCCUAGAGGCCGUCCUCGGCGCUCGAAACAGCAACGGCCAAAACACAGAUGAUCCCACUCCGGAUGGCGCUGAGAGCAAUGGGAAUGGGAAUGGGAAUGGCAGUGCCAUUGGCAAGGGCUAUGCUCGCAUCGGAUAUCUUAGGCAAUUCGUGAUUCUCGCCCAGCGCACCUGGAAGAACCUCUACCGCAACCCGAUGCUCAUGCUCACGCAUUAUGCCAUCGCUAUCCUGCUGGCCGUGUUCUCCGGUUUCUUGUUCUACGGCCUGACCAGCGACAUUCCCGGCUUCCAAAAUCGCCUGGGCCUAUUCUUCUUCAUCCUGGCCCUCUUCGGCUUCAGCACACUCACGAGCCUGAACGUCUUCUCCGCCGAGAGGCUCCUGUUUGUACGUGAGAGGGCCAACGGGUACUACUCUCCCAUCACAUACUUCGCCGCUAAGGUCUUGUUCGACAUUCUGCCGCUCCGCAUCAUCCCGCCCAUCUUGUUGGGGGCUAUUAUAUAUCCGAUGACCGGCCUCGUCGCCGACGCCGAACACUUCUUCGUCUUCAUGCUGGUUCUGGUCCUCUUCAACCUGGCAGCUGCAGCAAUCUGUCUAUUUAUCGGGAUUGUCUGCAAAGACGGCGGCGUAGCCAACCUGAUCGGCAGCCUGGUUAUGCUUUUCAGCCUCCUCUUCGCCGGCCUCCUCCUCAACCACAAUGCGAUUCCGUCGACGGCGGUCUGGCUCCAAUGGCUGUCCAUCUUCCACUACGGCUUCGAGGCUCUGAUCGUCAACGAGGUCAAGUACCUCACUCUUGUCGACAAGAAGUACGGCCUUGACAUCACCAUCCCUGGAGCCGCGAUCCUCAGCUCCUUCGGUUUCAACAACGCCGCCAUGUGGCCAGAUGUAGUCAGCCUGGGCGUGUUUGGAGCCGUCUUCAUCGUUCUUGCCUACGCCGCUAUGCAUAUACUCUUGGUUGAGAAGCGGUGAGGUGUUAGUGUGAUUGGGUGGAAUACAUCUGCGAGCGAGAACUUGAGAUUCGCAUGUAGAAUAUUGAGACUCGGAAUUGUUGGCAUAAUAUGCGAGUUCAUAACCGUUAUUGGGUGAGGAUCUCCUCGCCAUAUUUCCUUUAGACUAGGUACAGAAACAUUCCCAAGAGGGAAAUGAAACCAUGGCAUUUGGGUCCUGGGAGCAUGGGGUCUUUGCAUGUUUCUUUGUUUGGCCUUUUGGCUAGUAACAGUGCCGGUGGUGAUACAUGGGUAGAUAGUCGUAUGGAAUUUGAUAUACACAAUACACAAAGGUUGAGCUGCAGCUCUGCUCCCAACACACG